AAUGAGACUGAAAACUAUGCCAAGACAGAGAAGAUCGAACUGUUGUUACGUCCCUUUCAACGAGACUCAACGCCACAAGCAUAUUUCUACUUCCACGCUGGAUGUGCAAAAUAAGGAAAUCCUGAACACGGAAAAAUGCUCCCCGGCAUCUGAGGGUCAAAAGAAGAACGCUGGUAUGAAAAUCGGGACGUUCCCGAAUGUCCAGGUAACGGAGUCCUCGGUCCGGACUGGCACAGUGCGAACCGACGAGAUAAAAUUUCUCCAAGAAACACACGGUGCUUUCGGUUUCGAAAACUUUAUCGAAGACACAUUUGGCGCUGUGAAUCUGAGCAUAAAAGAUAACGCUGAAUUCGACGCGGUCAGGCAAACGAGUAACGCAUUACCAGAGCCGAAUCGCAAAGGCGUAAGCGACAAGUUUGCCGGUAGCGCGUUGUACCAGAUAAUGACGGACCCGAAAUUCGUCGAAAAUAUUCAGAACAGCAGAGAGGUCAAAAAGUUGACCUGUAAAUUCUGCGCGAAACAAUUUCAAAAGCGAGAGGAGCUACUGGAUCACACGGAGACGCCUGUAAACGAGCACAAUGAGAUCACGUGCUGUGCUUGUGGCAAGACGUUUUCCCAAAAACGAUGCUUGCGCUAUCAUCGACGGUGUCACGCUAAUAAAAAUAAAUUCAAUUGCGGCAUUUGUCCGAAAAAAUAUUCGAGGAUAGACAACCUCACCCGGCACAGGGCUAUCCACACCAACCCGAACAGGCAUCAAUGCCAGAUUUGCAAGAAAGCAUUCUCGAGAAAAGAUCUCAUGACCAGACACGUCAGGUGUCACGAACAAAAGACGAUCAGACUCGCCUGCGAUCUCUGCGGCGAGGCAUUCGUCAAUUCCAACGCGACGAGAACUUAAAAGUUCGAACUUUACGACGACUGUGGACGAUGAAAGACAGAGAGAGUGAUAUUGUCGCAAAAUGUUAUUUUCUUAUUUCGAUGUUACUUAGCGAUCCGCAAAAAAGCUGUUUAUGCAUUUAUUUUCCGUACAAUUGAAGUUGGAUUGAAUUCUUCUCAUCCAACUGAAUGAAGUUUACAAUUUAUGGUUUCGUUUGCUAUUUGUAAUCAAGUAUGAAUCAUUUAAUUUUUUCCGAAUAACUCUUCAUACUUUGUAUUGAGUUUCUACGUCCAAUAUUGAAGAGAUGCGGAUGAUUAUUCAACAACUCCACAUUGUAGUGUUGAGCAC